AUGUUUAGACUCGUGUCAUCAGGUUUUUUUUCGAAGCCCGUAAAUUUCCGGCUCACUCGCAGCUUAUCUUCUGGUGAAAAGGAUCUUGUUGUUAUUGGUUCUGGACCUGGAGGCUAUGUGGCGGCCAUCAAAGCGGCCCAGUUGGGCAUGAAGACUGUUUGUGUUGAAAAAUAUCCUACUUUUGGGGGCACAUGUCUCAAUGUUGGUUGUAUUCCAAGCAAAUCUCUUUUGGCUAGUUCUCAUUACUACGAGAUGUGCAAAUUGAAUCACUUGGAAUCUCGGGGCAUUGAAUUAAGCGGAGUUAAUUUGAACUUGGCAGGGAUGAUGGCUGCCAAAGUAAAAACCGUCGCCACACUCACUGGAGGUAUCGUCCAUCUUUUUAAAGCCAAUCAGGUUGAAAGUGUUCAAGGUGUUGGGUCCAUAACGAAGCCCAACGAAGUUACCGUCACUAAGCCCGAUGGGUCUACCGAGGUUAUUAACACCAAAAAUAUUCUAAUCGCCACCGGAAGUGAUGUUACUCAAUUUCCUGGAAUAAAUAUCGAUGAAAAACACUUUAUAACCAGCACCGGGGCUCUCUCUCUGGGAAAAGUGCCUGAACAUCUUGUCAUAAUCGGUGCUGGCGUAAUUGGGGUCGAAAUGGGUUCUGUCUGGAAGCGUCUAGGCGCUAAGGUAACUGUUGUCGAGUAUCUUGAUCACAUUGGUGGCAUGGGGAUAGACAUGGAAAUUAGCAAACUAUUUGCAAAAGUCCUUACGAAACAGGGUUUGAAUUUUAAGUUGAAUACCAAGGUGAUAUCAGCUGAGCUGAAUGACAAUUGCAUUACUGUUGCUGUCGAGGGCGUCAAGGAUGGAAAGUCCGAUUCGAUUUCUUGUGAUACCUUGCUAGUCGCCAUCGGUCGUUCUCCCUAUACAACUGGAUUGGGUUUAGAGAACGUUGGAAUCGAAUGCGAUAAAUAUGGUCGCGUGCCUGUUAAUAACCGAUUUCAAACUACUGUUCCAAAUAUAUAUGCUAUUGGUGAUGUGAUCGAAGGACCAAUGCUGGCUCACAAAGCCGAAGAUGAAGGAAUACUUUGCGUUGAGGGUAUGUGCGGUGGCAAUGUUCAUAUCGACUACGGCUGUAUUCCCAGUGUUAUUUACACCAAUCCGGAAUGCGCUUGGGUAGGGAAGUCUGAAGAGGAUUUAAAGGCUUCUGGAACUGAGUACAAAGUGGGUAGAUUCCCAAUUUCAGCGAACUCCCGCGCCAGAUGCAACCAUGAAUCCGACGGCAUUUUUAAAGUCCUAGCCGACAAGGCUACAGACAAAAUUCUUGGCAUCCACCUUCUUGGUCCACAAGCUAGUGAACUCAUCGGCGAAGGUGUCCUCGCUAUGGAGUAUGGAGCCUCGGCUGAAGAUGUUGCUCGCGUCUGCCAUGCACAUCCGACUGUUAGCGAAGCACUUCGAGAAGCUAACCUUGCGGCCUCUUUUGGAAAAGCGAUCAACUGCUAA